AUGCAACGUCUUCAAUCAGGCAUGGAGUCACUUUCUGUGACGGACAUGCCUCGUUUACCGCAUCAGCCGAAUCAGCACAAUCUGUUCAAUGAAAGUGACGAUGAUGACGACCGGCCUCUUUCGUUUGGAUAUGGUUCCCCUCUGCCUCAUCAGGGUUCAUCUUCCACCUCGAGCCAAGAUAAACCUGUUUUCGUACGUAACGUGGCCGCUCCUACCAACAAGGCUCGGCCUUCGCGAUUUGUCAAACCUGGUUAUCUCGCUGCGGCUCAAGGCCCGGGCCCGCAAUUACCUCCGGAUAUGCAGCCCGUCCAGAAGAUGUAUGACUUGUACUGCCAAAAAUUAUACCUCGAAGGAUACCUGAUGAAGAUGAAAGCCGCGGUGGGUCAGGAGUCUGUAGUGGAGAAUCCAAACUGGGCCAUGUGCUACGCUGAAUUGUGCGGCUCGGUGCUCUCGUUGUGGAAUGCUCAGGAAGAUGGCGAUAACGUAAUGCCGCAAUACAUUAACAUUAUUGAGGCACAAAUCGACCAGAUCGACCAAGAUACAUUUGGCAUCCAUUCCGCAGGCACAGCUCGUUACUUGUUCCGGGUGCCACUGCAAGAUGCAGCAACGGUGAUGCCUAUCACGACCGAAACUUGGAUCUCCUCUUUGCGCACUUCUUGUUUUGAGUGCUCGUGCGUGUGCGAAAUGUAUACCAAGAAAUUCAUCGUCCGAUCUGAUUAUCGGGAUAUAAUGGCCAAAACGAGUGCUAAAAUGGAAGGUUUUGUCCACGUGCGAAUGCCGGAUACCAAGGAAUGGCGAAAGUAUUGGGCGGUGGUUUCCGAUCGUCGCGAUGAGAAAAAGUUGUUUGGCAAAAAAUCGGUACCUGCUGAAGGCCAGUUGAUGCUGUUUGAAUCCAAAAAGGCCAAAACGCCUGUCAUGACAAUGGUUAAUGUAACACAAGCUUAUAUGGUGUAUCCCGAAACAGCGCAACUUAUUGAUAUGGCAACCAUGCUUAAAGUUCAGGCAAGUUUGCAGAAUUCAGAACAUCAAGUCAUCAAGCCUACCACUUGGGCCUUGAUCAUGGUGCCAUCCACCAAGGAACUGGUUCAAUGGAUUGUUAGCACUUUCGAUGCAUUCAAGCUAUAUGGCCGACCCAACGCCUUGGAAGAGGACGUGCAUGAUAUUGGUUUGCUGAAUCUUGGCGGACAUCCAACACACAUGGUAGAGGAGCAACAACGUAUGCCGAUGGCAGCCGUGAAUUCUCGUCAAGCCCAUCCAGGGCUUGAUUUUUCAGGCGCAGCAGGUCAUCAGCGUCAUUAUUCAGCGGGACCCACCACCGAUCCUUUGCAAGAAAGACGGCCAGUCAGAAUGUCCGCCAUGCCGCGGUCACAAUCUCACGCAGGAAAGAUGGUUUACGCGAGCGACGACAGCGAAGACGAAGACGAAGAUGACGGUCACAGCGACGAUGAAGCUGAGAGUGACAAUGGAUCGCUUUUCAACGCAAAACAGCAGCAGGCAAAGGGUGUCCCUACAAAAGUCGGCACCAAAGAGGGCAACAAUCAUCCCACCACCACCACUACUGCGAAUCAGAGCAACCACGACGAAUCCAGCAGCAAAGACGAUGCAUCCCAAGAAGAAUCCGCGACACCCAAGCCUGCUACGGGUUCCCAGCCCCGACCGCGUAAAGUGGUUCGACCACGUGCCAGCGUCUAUGGAUCGGACAGCGAUGAUUCAGAAGAUGAAGACAUUCAUCACAGGUGCGACGGUGAUUACUGCAGCGAUGAAGACAGCGAGGGACAACCAGGACAUCAACAACCAUUGGGAAACCAUUAUACAGCCGACCAUGCAUCGGGCAUGUACGAUGGGGAGUAUCCAUAUCAGCAGCAGUAUCCAAUGUGGGAUCCAUCAAUGCAUCCUGAUAUGAUGCACUCUGACAUGAUGCAAUAUGGCGAAGCGUCACAGCAUGGGAUGUAUCCUGCUUAUCAUCAGCCGAUGAUGGAAACCGAAGAUGGACCUGUAAUUCCCCAACUUGGCGAUCGUUUUGCGAAUCCCAACAGUUUACUAGAUACGUACCGAGCAGAGCAACCUUCGGCUAGGGAUCAGCAGGAAUAUGCACGAGCGACUGGCCAACCGCUGAUCCAAAUACCGAACCGACCACCAGAGCCGAGAGCAGGACUUGUUGGCAUGAUUUCGCAAAUAGAACACGAGAAAAAGGAACAAAACUCCAACAAGGGACGACUAUUAGAAAUGGAAAAGGAACGAUUACUCGAACGAGAACGCGAACGAUAUCUCAUGGAACAACGACAGCAAAUGAUGCAAAAAACCAUGCCAUCACAAUCUCCAUCACAAGUUUCUCUUCAGCCUCCCACUCAGACGCCCUCGAUGAGUAUAGGCAUGAACAACAGUAUGGGAAUGAGCAGCAGUAUGAGUCUGAAUAUGGGCAUGAAUCUUGGUGUUCCCAUGAUGGAUCCGCGCAUGUCCAUGAUGCCCGGAAUGGGAAUGCCCAUGAUGGAUCCCCGCAUGUCCAUGAUGCAUACCCCGAUGAUGGACCCACGAAUGUCCAUGAUGCCUGGUAUGGGUAUGCCAAUGAUGGAUCCUCGCAUGUCCAUGAUGCCUGGAAUGGGUAUGCCCAUGAUGGAUCCCCGCAUGACCAUGAUGCAAGCCGCCAUGAUGCAAGGUUAUCCAAUGCUUCAAAAUCCUUACUAUGGUAUGCAAGGAACCAUGCCAACCAAUAAUCAAGACGACGAUGACGAAGACGACGAUGUGCCGCUAGGUAGCAAGGCACCCAACAAUAAUACCAGUGAAGGACACUCUCCCCUCCCUUCUCACCGUAACCAUCAAUCAUAA